ACGUCUCUCAGCAGCGAUCCCUAACCCGGACAAGAUCCCUGUCGACCCCGGACACUUGAACCCGGACUGGUUUAUCUGCUGUUAUUCUGCAGACUUCCGCAGCACACCGGGCUUCAUGUAGCUCCGAGAGACACCGGUUACGUCAUCCGGUGCCAGGAGGAAACAGCCUGAGUCGAUAUUUAACGCGACUCGAAAGCUUCGGCAUGUAGUAGCUCUGUGUUCAGGCUGUAAGGCUGUCCAUCAUGAAGAAGCGAGCCAACAAGGUGCUGGAGGAGGAGAGGUUGUGCUGCUGCGAGUACGUGAACAGACUCGGAGAGCGCAGCCAUGUGGGAGCCUGCUGCUGUGACUGUGAGGACCUGGAUGAUGCCUGUGACAGGUUUAUGAAGAGGGAGCCUCAGAAACCGGAAUCCCUGUCACAUGUGACUGCAGUUUUCACAGACCGGAUUCGUGUGCCCUGGCUGUGGGGUGGAGCCCGAAAAGUGGAACUGUCCAUCAUCCCUCCUCUCAUUCUGCUGCCGGUCCUUCUGCACGUCGCUGCUCUCCACUUCCUGCUCGGCAUGGUGGUUCUGACAGCUCUGCCUGGCCUGGUGCUGUGGUACUACUAUUUCACCCACCGCAAGAAGGGACAAACACUGUUCUUCCUCAGCCUGGCCCUCUUCUCCCUGGCGUACAUGUACUACUUGUUCAUCACUGAGGUGCUUCCCAAUGGGGAUAUUGGUCUGGUCCAGCUGGCGGUGGUAACUGUCGGGGUCACACUCACCCUGGUGGCCCUUGUCCACACCAAGAGAGAACCUGGCGUUGUGCGGCCAAACCAAGAGUCCGUCCACAGCACGGUGACGUAUUACAGCCCUCUGGCAGACAGAGACCCUGCCGUCAACUGGGGGAGGCAGGAUGUGACCAUGACCGUGGCCAACCGGGCGGGAUCGUCGGAGCAUGCGGGGGCGGAGCUGCAGGAAGGCGGCCAAAGGAACUGGUGUCCGGUGUGCAGGGUGGUGCGGCCCCCGAGGGCGGGACAUUGUCGGAUCUGUGGCGUCUGCGUGCUGCGUCUCGACCACCACUGCGUCUGGAUAAACGGCUGUGUGGGGCAGACCAAUCACCGCAGCUUCCUGCUUACGCUCGUCUUCUUCCUGUUGACGUCUCUGUAUGGGAUCAGCCUGGUGCUGCAGAGUGUGUGUCCUGACCAACUCCUCUUCACCGCCCUGCUCUACUGCCCGGGGGUCUACGACCAGUACAGCGCUGCGCUUUGCUUCACCUGUGCCUGGUACAGCAGUAUUGUGACCUGUGGGCUGCUCCACCUGCUGAUGGUGCAGGUCAUCAACGUCAGCUACAACGUAACCGAGCGCGAGGCACGCAUGGCCCUGAGAGACAAAACCGCUCGCAGCUCCUACUGGGGGCUCGUCGUGGACACUGGCGUCUACUCUCGAGGUUUCCGUUGCAACUGGGCAGAGUUCAUGACCAUGGGAGGAAAACUGAAUCCGCCCUCUCCCGUCCCAGCAGACCUCGUUGCCUUGCUGGGAGUCAGCAAACAAGAAAAAUGUGAGAGUGAAUAAUUGCUCUGGCCAGCGACAACAUGACGCCUCAGUGACGCACAAAGCAUGGGCUGAACACCUUUUCAAAGAGGGUCUCUCAGCACACUUUGUCCUCCACAAACACUUACCUACAGUGUUCACAAAGGAGGGCACCUAACUUGACUUUGUGAGCGUCAUGGAUUAUGUAUCACCUAUGAAUGAAACAUCUCAGCACAAGCCACAUAAUCGGGCAAUUAAAGUUCUACAGUUUGUGGUUGCAUUUCGCGUAAUGAUCGGAUAGCCAUGAAUAUAUUAGUAGUUACUUUUAUUGUCUUUUCGCUGGUUCAAACGGAUUGCUGGAUUAAUUAAAAGCAAAUAAACCAGUACACAUUAAUGUCACCUUGAGAAGUUUUCCAGUGUUUUCCACUAUCGCUUUUAUUAAAGCGAUUUCAAAGGGAUUGAAAGUUGUAUCGGUCCAGUUGUUUGAAUAAAAUUGUAAUUUAUUUUUAAUAAAUUAAUGAGGUAUGCGCAUGUGUAUUCAUUAUGUGUUUGUAUGCGUGUCCCCGAGAGUGUUUGAGAUGUUUGUAUGAGCGUGGCGUUUCUCCCAGAGGCUUUACAGUGGAUGGGAGCAGAAAUCCGGCAGAACCUCGGUCACUCUCCUUCCCAGCUUCUCCCGCCGCUCCUCCCUCACUCGUUCCUUGCGCAGCAGACAGGGAAGCUGCCUCCAGGCCAGCAAACAUCGCCGCAGCACCCGUCUGAAGUGCAGGCAGAUGGAGGGACAGACGGGAACAGAGCAAGUGAGCAAUAAGAA